UGGAGCAGCUCUCCAGUACUUGAGGGAUAAUGUCUUCACGGCCUCUGCCGGAAGCAGGCGCGUGGAAGGCGUUCCACAGGUCCUAAUAUUGCUAAGUGGUGGAAGGUCUUCUGACAGUGUUGACGCACCAGCCUCUGCUCUCAAACAGCUGGGUGUCUUGACCUUUGCAAUUGGAACCAGGAGCUCUGACAGCAGCGAACUGCAGAAGAUAUCCCACGAUCCCAGUUAUGCUCUAUCUGUGUCUGAAUUCACUGACCUUCCCAGUGUCCAACAGCAACUUCAGUCCUCCGUGGAGGCUGUGGUUAUUGACGUCACCCCAGAAUCACCAACUGUAUUUGUUGACACUGCCAAAAAGGAUAUCGUAUUCCUUCUGGAUGGUUCUGAUGGCACAAGGAAUGGCUUCCCUGCCAUGCGUGAUUUUGUUGAGAGAGUGGUGGAGAAACUCAAUGUGGGAGAAAACAAAGACCGAGUCUCUGUGGUCCAGUACAGCAGAGAUGUAGAGGUCCACUUUGAUCUGAAAACAUACAAAACACCAGAUGAUAUUUUGGAUUCGGUCAGAGGGCUGAGACACAGAGGAGGCAGACCCCUCAACACCGGGCAGCCCUCCAAUACGUCAGGGACAACGUCUUUACAAACUCCUCCGGGAGUAGGCGCCUGCAAGGUGUUCCACAGAUGUUGAUCCUGCUAAAUGGUGGAAGGUCUUUUGACAAUGUAGAUACCCCAGCCUCUGCUCUCAAACAGCAGGGCGUCUUUGUGAUUGGCAUUGGAACAAGGAACUCUGAUAGUAGAGAGCUGCAGAAGAUAUCAUAUGACCCUAGUUACGCUCUAUCAGUGUCUGAGUUCACUGACCUCCCCAGUGUCCAAGAACAGCUCUCCACUGUAAUGAGCAAGGUGCUAGUGAGGGCCACGCCCAUGACACCAACAGUAACUGUGGAGAGACAGCUACCAGGAAGGGAUGUUGUGUUCUUGUUGGAUGGAUCUGAUGGUACUAGAACUGGAUUCCCAGCUAUGCGAGACUUUGUCCAAAGAGUAGUAGAGACACUCAGCGUGGAUGACAACAAAGACCGUGUCUCAGUGGUUCAGUACAGCAGAGAUCCAACUGUCCAGUUCUAUCUGAACACAUACGCGACAAAAGGCGAGAUCCUUGACACUAUCAGAGGUUUGAGGCACAAAGGCGGAAGACCCCUCAACACUGGAGCAGCUCUCCAGUACUUGGGAUAUAAUGUCUUCACGGCCUCUGCCGGAAGCAGGCGCGUGGAAGGCGUUCCACAGGUCCUAAUAUUGCUAAGUGGUGGAAGGUCUUCUGACAGUGUUGACGCACCAGCCUCUGCUCUCAAACAGCUGGGUGUCUUGACCUUUGCAAUUGGAACCAGGAGCUCUGACAGCAGCGAACUGCAGAAGAUAUCCCACGAUCCCAGUUAUGCUCUAUCUGUGUCUGAAUUCACUGACCUUCCCAGUGUCCAACAGCAACUUCAGUCCUCCGUGGAGGCUGUGGUUAUUGACGUCACCCCAGAAUCACCAACUGUAUUUGUUGACACUGCCAAAAAGGAUAUCGUAUUCCUUCUGGAUGGUUCUGAUGGCACAAGGAAUGGCUUCCCUGCCAUGCGUGAUUUUGUUGAGAGAGUGGUGGAGAAACUCAAUGUGGGAGAAAACAAAGACCGUGUCUCUGUGGUCCAGUACAGCAGAGAUGUAGAGGUCCACUUUGAUCUGAAAACAUACAAAACACCAGAUGAUAUUUUGGAUUCGGUCAGAGGGCUGAGACACAGAGGAGGCAGACCCCUGAACACCGCAGCCCUCCAAUACGUCAGGGACAACGUCUUUACAAACUCCUCCGGGAGUAGGCGCCUGCAAGGUGUUCCACAGAUGUUGAUCCUGCUAAAUGGUGGAAGGUCUUUUGACAAUGUAGAUACCCCAGCCUCUACUCUCAAACAGCAGGGCGUCUUUGUGAUUGGCAUUGGAACAAGGAACUCUGAUAGUAGAGAGCUGCAGAAGAUAUCAUAUGACCCUAGUUACGCUCUAUCAGUGUCUGAGUUCACUGACCUCCCCAGUGUCCAAGAACAGCUCUCCUCUGUAAUGAGCAAGGUGCUAGUGAGGGCCACGCCCAUGACACCAACAGUAACUGUGGAGAGACAGCUACCAGGAAGGGAUGUUGUGUUCUUGUUGGAUGGAUCUGAUGGUACUAGAACUGGAUUCCCAGCUAUGCGAGACUUUGUCCAAAGAGUAGUAGAGACACUCAGCGUGGAUAACAACAAAGACCGUGUCUCAGUGGUUCAGUACAGCAGAGAUCCAACUGUCCAGUUCUAUCUGAACACAUACGCGACAAAAGGCGAGAUAUUUGACACUAUCAGAGGUUUGAGGCACAAAGGCGGAAGACCCCUCAACACUGGAGCAGCUCUCCAGUACUUGAGGGAUAAUGUCUUCACGGCCUCUGCCGGAAGCAGGCGCGUGGAAGGCGUUCCACAGGUCCUAAUAUUGCUAAGUGGUGGAAGGUCUUCUGACAGUGUUGACGCACCAGCCUCUGCUCUCAAACAGCUGGGUGUCUUGACCUUUGCAAUUGGAACCAGGAGCUCUGACAGCAGCGAACUGCAGAAGAUAUCCCACGAUCCCAGUUAUGCUCUAUCUGUGUCUGAAUUCACUGACCUUCCCAGUGUCCAACAGCAACUUCAGUCCUCCGUGGAGGCUGUGGUUAUUGACGUCACCCCAGAAUCACCAACUGUAUUUGUUGACACUGCCAAAAAGGAUAUCGUAUUCCUUCUGGAUGGUUCUGAUGGCACAAGGAAUGGCUUCCCUGCCAUGCGUGAUUUUGUUGAGAGAGUGGUGGAGAAACUCAAUGUGGGAGAAAACAAAGACCGUGUCUCUGUGGUCCAGUACAGCAGAGAUGUAGAGGUCCACUUUGAUCUGAAAACAUACAAAACACCAGAUGAUAUUUUGGAUUCGGUCAGAGGGCUGAGACACAGAGGAGGCAGACCCCUGAACACCGGGGCAGCCCUCCAAUACGUCAGGGACAACGUCUUUACAAACUCCUCCGGGAGUAGGCGCCUGCAAGGUGUUCCACAGAUGUUGAUCCUGCUAAAUGGUGGAAGGUCUUUUGACAAUGUAGAUACCCCAGCCUCUACUCUCAAACAGCAGGGCGUCUUUGUGAUUGGCAUUGGAACAAGGAACUCUGAUAGUAGAGAGCUGCAGAAGAUAUCAUAUGACCCUAGUUACACUCUAUCAGUGUCUGAGUUCACUGACCUCCCCAGUGUCCAAGAACAGCUCUCCUCUGUAAUGAGCAAGGUGCUAGUGAGGGCCACGCCCAUGACACCAACAGUAACUGUGGAGAGACAGCUACCAGGAAGGGAUGUUGUGUUCUUGUUGGAUGGAUCUGAUGGUACUAGAACUGGAUUCCCAGCUAUGCGAGACUUUGUCCAAAGAGUAGUAGAGACACUCAGCGUGGAUGACAACAAAGACCGUGUCUCAGUGGUUCAGUACAGCAGAGAUCCAACUGUCCAGUUCUAUCUGAACACAUACGCGACAAAAGGCGAGAUCCUUGACACUAUCAGAGGUUUGAGGCACAAAGGCGGAAGACCCUCCAACACUGGAGCAGCUCUCCAGUACUUGAGGGAUAAUGUCUUCACGGCCUCUGCCGGAAGCAGGCGCGUGGAAGGCGUUCCACAGGUCCUAAUAUUGCUAAGUGGUGGAAGGUCUUCUGACAGUGUUGACGCACCAGCCUCUGCUCUCAAACAGCUGGGUGUCUUGACCUUUGCAAUUGGAACCAGGAGCUCUGACAGCAGCGAACUGCAGAAGAUAUCCCACGAUCCCAGUUAUGCUCUAUCUGUGUCUGAAUUCACUGACCUUCCCAGUGUCCAACAGCAACUUCAGUCCUCCGUGGAGGCUGUGGUUAUUGACGUCACCCCAGAAUCACCAACUGUAUUUGUUGACACUGCCAAAAAGGAUAUCGUAUUCCUUCUGGAUGGUUCUGAUGGCACAAGGAAUGGCUUCCCUGCCAUGCGUGAUUUUGUUGAGAGAGUGGUGGAGAAACUCAAUGUGGGAGAAAACAAAGACCGAGUCUCUGUGGUCCAGUACAGCAGAGAUGUAGAGGUCCACUUUGAUCUGAAAACAUACAAAACACCAGAUGAUAUUUUGGAUUCGGUCAGAGGGCUGAGACACAGAGGAGGCAGACCCCUCAACACCGCAGCCCUCCAAUACGUCAGGGACAACGUCUUUACAAACUCCUCCGGGAGUAGGCGCCUGCAAGGUGUUCCACAGAUGUUGAUCCUGCUAAAUGGUGGAAGGUCUUUUGACAAUGUAGAUACCCCAGCCUCUGCUCUCAAACAGCAGGGCGUCUUUGUGAUUGGCAUUGGAACAAGGAACUCUGAUAGUAGAGAGCUGCAGAAGAUAUCAUAUGACCCUAGUUACGCUCUAUCAGUGUCUGAGUUCACUGACCUCCCCAGUGUCCAAGAACAGCUCUCCACUGUAAUGAGCAAAGUGCUAGUGAGGGCCACGCCCAUGACACCAACAGUAACUGUGGAGAGACAGCUACCAGGAAGGGAUGUUGUGUUCUUGUUGGAUGGAUCUGAUGGUACUAGAACUGGAUUCCCAGCUAUGCGAGACUUUGUCCAAAGAGUAGUAGAGACACUCAGCGUGGAUAACAACAAAGACCGUGUCUCAGUGGUUCAGUACAGCAGAGAUCCAACUGUCCAGUUCUAUCUGAACACAUACGCGACAAAAGGCGAGAUCCUUGACACUAUCAGAGGUUUGAGGCACAAAGGCGGAAGACCCCUCAACACUGGAGCAGCUCUCCAGUACUUGAGGGAUAAUGUCUUCACGGCCUCUGCCGGAAGCAGGCGCGUGGAAGGCGUUCCACAGGUCCUAAUAUUGCUAAGUGGUGGAAGGUCUUCUGACAGUGUUGACGCACCAGCCUCUGCUCUCAAACAGCUGGGUGUCUUGACCUUUGCAAUUGGAACCAGGAGCUCUGACAGCAGCGAACUGCAGAAGAUAUCCCACGAUCCCAGUUAUGCUCUAUCUGUGUCUGAAUUCACUGACCUUCCCAGUGUCCAACAGCAACUUCAGUCCUCCGUGGAGGCUGUGGUUAUUGACGUCACCCCAGAAUCACCAACUGUAUUUGUUGACACUGCCAAAAAGGAUAUCGUAUUCCUUCUGGAUGGUUCUGAUGGCACAAGGAAUGGCUUCCCUGCCAUGCGUGAUUUUGUUGAGAGAGUGGUGGAGAAACUCAAUGUGGGAGAAAACAAAGACCGUGUCUCUGUGGUCCAGUACAGCAGAGAUGUAGAGGUCCACUUUGAUCUGAAAACAUACAAAACACCAGAUGAUAUUUUGGAUUCGGUCAGAGGGCUGAGACACAGAGGAGGCAGACCCCUCAACACCGGGGCAGCCCUCCAAUACGUCAGGGACAACGUCUUUACAAACUCCUCCGGGAGUAGGCGCCUGCAAGGUGUUCCACAGAUGUUGAUCCUGCUAAAUGGUGGAAGGUCUUUUGACAAUGUAGAUACCCCAGCCUCUACUCUCAAACAGCAGGGCGUCUUUGUGAUUGGCAUUGGAACAAGGAACUCUGAUAGUAGAGAGCUGCAGAAGAUAUCAUAUGACCCUAGUUACGCUCUAUCAGUGUCUGAGUUCACUGACCUCCCCAGUGUCCAAGAACAGCUCUCCUCUGUAAUGAGCAAGGUGCUAGUGAGGGCCACGCCCAUGACACCAACAGUAACUGUGGAGAGACAGCUACCAGGAAGGGAUGUUGUGUUCUUGUUGGAUGGAUCUGAUGGUACUAGAACUGGAUUCCCAGCUAUGCGAGACUUUGUCCAAAGAGUAGUAGAGACACUCAGCGUGGAUAACAACAAAGACCGUGUCUCAGUGGUUCAGUACAGCAGAGAUCCAACUGUCCAGUUCUAUCUGAACACAUACGCGACAAAAAGCGAGAUUCUUGACACUAUCAGAGGUUUGAGGCACAAAGGCGGAAGACCCUCAACACUGGAGCAGCUCUCCACCUCUGCUCUCAAACAGCUGGGUGUCUUGACCUUUGCAAUUGGAACCAGGAGCUCUGACAGCAGCGAACUGCAGAAGAUAUCCCACGAUCCCAGUUAUGCUCUAUCUGUGUCUGAAUUCACUGACCUUCCCAGUGUCCAACAGCAACUUCAGUCCUCCGUGGAGGCUGUGGUUAUUGACGUCACCCCAGAAUCACCAACUGUAUUUGUUGACACUGCCAAAAAGGAUAUCGUAUUCCUUCUGGAUGGUUCUGAUGGCACAAGGAAUGGCUUCCCUGCCAUGCGUGAUUUUGUUGAGAGAGUGGUGGAGAAACUCAAUGUGGGAGAAAACAAAGACCGAGUCUCUGUGGUCCAGUACAGCAGAGAUGUAGAGGUCCACUUUGAUCUGAAAACAUACAAAACACCAGAUGAUAUUUUGGAUUCGGUCAGAGGGCUGAGACACAGAGGAGGCAGACCCCUCAACACCGGGCAGCCCUCCAAUACUGUCCAAGAACAGCUCUCCUCUGUAAUGAGCAAGGUGCUAGUGAGGGCCACGCCCAUGACACCAACAGUAACUGUGGAGAGACAGCUACCAGGAAGGGAUGUUGUGUUCUUGUUGGAUGGAUCUGAUGGUACUAGAACUGGAUUCCCAGCUAUGCGAGACUUUGUCCAAAGAGUAGUAGAGACACUCAGCGUGGAUAACAACAAAGACCGUGUCUCAGUGGUUCAGUACAGCAGAGAUCCAACUGUCCAGUUCUAUCUGAACACAUACGCGACAAAAGGCGAGAUCCUUGACACUAUCAGAGGUUUGAGGCACAAAGGCGGAAGACCCCUCAACACUGGAGCAGCUCUCCAGUACUUGAGGGAUAAUGUCUUCACGGCCUCUGCCGGAAGCAGGCGCGUGGAAGGCGCCCACAGGAGCUCUGACAGCAGCGAACUGCAGAAGAUAUCCCACGAUCCCAGUUAUGCUCUAUCUGUGUCUGAAUUCACUGACCUUCCCAGUGUCCAACAGCAACUUCAGUCCUCCGUGGAGGCUGUGGUUAUUGACGUCACCCCAGAAUCACCAACUGUAUUUGUUGACACUGCCAAAAAGGAUAUCGUAUUCCUUCUGGAUGGUUCUGAUGGCACAAGGAAUGGCUUCCCUGCCAUGCGUGAUUUUGUUGAGAGAGUGGUGGAGAAACUCAAUGUGGGAGAAAACAAAGACCGAGUCUCUGUGGUCCAGUACAGCAGAGAUGUAGAGGUCCACUUUGAUCUGAAAACAUACAAAACACCAGAUGAUAUUUUGGAUUCGGUCAGAGGGCUGAGACACAGAGGAGGCAGACCCCUCAACACCGGGGCAGCCCUCCAAUACGUCAGGGACAACGUCUUUACAAACUCCUCCGGGAGUAGGCGCCUGCAAGGUGUUCCACAGAUGUUGAUCCUGCUAAAUGGUGGAAGUGUCCAAGAACAGCUCUCCACUGUAAUGAGCAAGGUGCUAGUGAGGGCCACGCCCAUGACACCAACAGUAACUGUGGAGAGACAGCUACCAGGAAGGGAUGUUGUGUUCUUGUUGGAUGGAUCUGAUGGUACUAGAACUGGAUUCCCAGCUAUGCGAGACUUUGUCCAAAGAGUAGUAGAGACACUCAGCGUGGAUAACAACAAAGACCGUGUCUCAGUGGUUCAGUACAGCAGAGAUCCAACUGUCCAGUUCUAUCUGAACACAUACGCGACAAAAGGCGAGAUCCUUGACACUAUCAGAGGUUUGAGGCACAAAGGCGGAAGACCCCUCAACACUGGAGCAGCUCUCCAGUACUUGAGGGAUAAUGUCUUCACGGCCUCUGCCGGAAGCAGCGCGUGGAAGGCGCGCCCCACAGGUCCUAAUAUUGCUAAGUGGUGGAAGCUGGGUGUCUUGACCUUUGCAAUUGGAACCAGGAGCUCUGACAGCAGCGAACUGCAGAAGAUAUCCCACGAUCCCAGUUAUGCUCUAUCUGUGUCUGAAUUCACUGACCUUCCCAGUGUCCAACAGCAACUUCAGUCCUCCGUGGAGGCUGUGGUUAUUGACGUCACCCCAGAAUCACCAACUGUAUUUGUUGACACUGCCAAAAAGGAUAUCGUAUUCCUUCUGGAUGGUUCUGAUGGCACAAGGAAUGGCUUCCCUGCCAUGCGUGAUUUUGUUGAGAGAGUGGUGGAGAAACUCAAUGUGGGAGAAAACAAAGACCGUGUCUCUGUGGUCCAGUACAGCAGAGAUGUAGAGGUCCACUUUGAUCUGAAAACAUACAAAACACCAGAUGAUAUUUUGGAUUCGGUCAGAGGGCUGAGACACAGAGGAGGCAGACCCCUCAACACCGGGGCAGCCCUCCAAUACGUCAGGGACAACGUCUUUACAAACUCCUCCGGGAGUAGGCGCCUGCAAGGUGUUCCACAGAUGUUGAUCCUGCUAAAUGGUGGAAGGUCUUUUGACAAUGUAGAUACCCCAGCCUCUACUCUCAAACAGCAGGGCGUCUUUGUGAUUGGCAUUGGAACAAGGAACUCUGAUAGUAGAGAGCUGCAGAAGAUAUCAUAUGACCCUAGUUACGCUCUAUCAGUGUCUGAGUUCACUGACCUCCCCAGUGUCCAAGAACAGCUCUCCUCUGUAAUGAGCAAGGUGCUAGUGAGGGCCACGCCCAUGACACCAACAGUAACUGUGGAGAGACAGCUACCAGGAAGGGAUGUUGUGUUCUUGUUGGAUGGAUCUGAUGGUACUAGAACUGGAUUCCCAGCUAUGCGAGACUUUGUCCAAAGAGUAGUAGAGACACUCAGCGUGGAUAACAACAAAGACCGUGUCUCAGUGGUUCAGUACAGCAGAGAUCCAACUGUCCAGUUCUAUCUGAACACAUACGCGACAAAAAGAGAGAUCCUUGACACUAUCAGAGGUUUGAGGCACAAAGGCGGAAGACCCCUCAACACUGGAGCAGCUCUCCAGUACUUGAGGGAUAAUGUCUUCACGGCCUCUGCCGAAGCAGGCGCGUGGAAGGCGUUCCACAGGAGCUCUGACAGCAGCGAACUGCAGAAGAUAUCCCACGAUCCCAGUUAUGCUCUAUCUGUGUCUGAAUUCACUGACCUUCCCAGUGUCCAACAGCAACUUCAGUCCUCCGUGGAGGCUGUGGUUAUUGACGUCACCCCAGAAUCACCAACUGUAUUUGUUGACACUGCCAAAAAGGAUAUCGUAUUCCUUCUGGAUGGUUCUGAUGGCACAAGGAAUGGCUUCCCUGCCAUGCGUGAUUUUGUUGAGAGAGUGGUGGAGAAACUCAAUGUGGGAGAAAACAAAGACCGUGUCUCUGUGGUCCAGUACAGCAGAGAUGUAGAGGUCCACUUUGAUCUGAAAACAUACAAAACACCAGAUGAUAUUUUGGAUUCGGUCAGAGGGCUGAGACACAGAGGAGGCAGACCCCUCAACACCGGGGCAGCCCUCCAAUACGUCAGGGACAACGUCUUUACAAACUCCUCCGGGAGUAGGCGCCUGCAAGGUGUUCCACAGAUGUUGAUCCUGCUAAAUGGUGGAAGGUCUUUUGACAAUGUAGAUACCCCAGCCUCUACUCUCAAACAGCAGGGCGUCUUUGUGAUUGGCAUUGGAACAAGGAACUCUGAUAGUAGAGAGCUGCAGAAGAUAUCAUAUGACCCUAGUUACGCUCUAUCAGUGUCUGAGUUCACUGACCUCCCCAGUGUCCAAGAACAGCUCUCCUCUGUAAUGAGCAAGGUGCUAGUGAGGGCCACGCCCAUGACACCAACAGUAACUGUGGAGAGACAGCUACCAGGAAGGGAUGUUGUGUUCUUGUUGGAUGGAUCUGAUGGUACUAGAACUGGAUUCCCAGCUAUGCGAGACUUUGUCCAAAGAGUAGUAGAGACACUCAGCGUGGAUAACAACAAAGACCGUGUCUCAGUGGUUCAGUACAGCAGAGAUCCAACUGUCCAGUUCUAUCUGAACACAUACGCGACAAAAGGCGAGAUCCUUGACACUAUCAGAGGUUUGAGGCACAAAGGCGGAAGACCCCUCAACACUGGAGCAGCUCUCCAGAGCUCUGACAGCAGCGAACUGCAGAAGAUAUCCCACGAUCCCAGUUAUGCUCUAUCUGUGUCUGAAUUCACUGACCUUCCCAGUGUCCAACAGCAACUUCAGUCCUCCGUGGAGGCUGUGGUUAUUGACGUCACCCCAGAAUCACCAACUGUAUUUGUUGACACUGCCAAAAAGGAUAUCGUAUUCCUUCUGGAUGGUUCUGAUGGCACAAGGAAUGGCUUCCCUGCCAUGCGUGAUUUUGUUGAGAGAGUGGUGGAGAAACUCAAUGUGGGAGAAAACAAAGACCGAGUCUCUGUGGUCCAGUACAGCAGAGAUGUAGAGGUCCACUUUGAUCUGAAAACAUACAAAACACCAGAUGAUAUUUUGGAUUCGCAGGGCGUCUUUGUGAUUGGCAUUGGAACAAGGAACUCUGAUAGUAGAGAGCUGCAGAAGAUAUCAUAUGACCCUAGUUACGCUCUAUCAGUGUCUGAGUUCACUGACCUCCCCAGUGUCCAAGAACAGCUGUCCUCUGUAAUGAGCAAGGUGCUAGUGAGGGCCACGCCCAUGACACCAACAGUAACUGUGGAGAGACAGCUACCAGGAAGGGAUGUUGUGUUCUUGUUGGAUGGAUCUGAUGGUACUAGAACUGGAUUCCCAGCUAUGCGAGACUUUGUCCAAAGAGUAGUAGAGACACUCAGCGUGGAUAACAACAAAGACCGUGUCUCAGUGGUUCAGUACAGCAGAGAUCCAACUGUCCAGUUCUAUCUGAACACAUACGCGACAAAAGGCGAGAUCCUUGACACUAUCAGAGGUUUGAGGCACAAAGGCGGAAGACCCCUCAACACUGGAGCAGCUCUCCAGUACUUGAGGGAUAAUGUCUUCACGGCCUCUGCCGGAAGCAGCAGGCGCGUGGAAGGCGUUCCACAGGUCCUAAUAUUGCUAAGUGGUGGAAGGUCUUCUGACAGUGUUGACGCACCAGCCUCUGCUCUCAAACAGCUGGGUGUCUUGACCUUUGCAAUUGGAACCAGGAGCUCUGACAGCAGCGAACUGCAGAAGAUAUCCCACGAUCCCAGUUAUGCUCUAUCUGUGUCUGAAUUCACUGACCUUCCCAGUGUCCAACAGCAACUUCAGUCCUCCGUGGAGGCUGUGGUUAUUGACGUCACCCCAGAAUCACCAACUGUAUUUGUUGACACUGCCAAAAAGGAUAUCGUAUUCCUUCUGGAUGGUUCUGAUGGCACAAGGAAUGGCUUCCCUGCCAUGCGUGAUUUUGUUGAGAGAGUGGUGGAGAAACUCAAUGUGGGAGAAAACAAAGACCGUGUCUCUGUGGUCCAGUACAGUAGAGAUGUAGAGGUCCACUUUGAUCUGAAAACAUACAAAACACGAGAUGAUAUUUUGGAUUCGGUCAGAGGGCUGAGACACAGAGGAGGCAGACCCCUCAACACCGGGGCAGCCCUCCAAUACGUCAGGGACAACGUCUUUACAAACUCCUCCGGGAGUAGGCGCCUGCAAGGUGUUCCACAGAUGUUGAUCCUGCUAAAUGGUGGAAGGUCUUUUGACAAUGUAGAUACCCCAGCCUCUACUCUCAAACAGCAGGGCGUCUUUGUGAUUGGCAUUGGAACAAGGAACUCUGAUAGUAGAGAGCUGCAGAAGAUAUCAUAUGACCCUAGUUACGCUCUAUCAGUGUCUGAGUUCACUGACCUCCCCAGUGUCCAAGAACAGCUCUCCUCUGUAAUGAGCAAGGUGCUAGUGAGGGCCACGCCCAUGACACCAACAGUAACUGUGGAGAGACAGCUACCAGGAAGGGAUGUUGUGUUCUUGUUGGAUGGAUCUGAUGGUACUAGAACUGGAUUCCCAGCUAUGCGAGACUUUGUCCAAAGAGUAGUAGAGACACUCAGCGUGGAUAACAACAAAGACCGUGUCUCAGUGGUUCAGUACAGCAGAGAUCCAACUGUCCAGUUCUAUCUGAACACAUACGCGACAAAAGGCGAGAUCCUUGACACUAUCAGAGGUUUGAGGCACAAAGCGGAAGACCCCUCAACACUGGAGCAGCUCUCCACCUCUGCUCUCAAACAGCUGGGUGUCUUGACCUUUGCAAUUGGAACCAGGAGCUCUGACAGCAGCGAACUGCAGAAGAUAUCCCACGAUCCCAGUUAUGCUCUAUCUGUGUCUGAAUUCACUGACCUUCCCAGUGUCCAACAGCAACUUCAGUCCUCCGUGGAGGCUGUGGUUAUUGACGUCACCCCAGAAUCACCAACUGUAUUUGUUGACACUGCCAAAAAGGAUAUCGUAUUCCUUCUGGAUGGUUCUGAUGGCACAAGGAAUGGCUUCCCUGCCAUGCGUGAUUUUGUUGAGAGAGUGGUGGAGAAACUCAAUGUGGGAGAAAACAAAGACCGUGUCUCUGUGGUCCAGUACAGCAGAGAUGUAGAGGUCCACUUUGAUCUGAAAACAUACAAAACACCAGAUGAUAUUUUGGAUUCGCAGGGCGUCUUUGUGAUUGGCAUUGGAACAAGGAACUCUGAUAGUAGAGAGCUGCAGAAGAUAUCAUAUGACCCUAGUUACGCUCUAUCAGUGUCUGAGUUCACUGACCUCCCCAGUGUCCAAGAACAGCUCUCCUCUGUAAUGAGCAAGGUGCUAGUGAGGGCCACGCCCAUGACACCAACAGUAACUGUGGAGAGACAGCUACCAGGAAGGGAUGUUGUGUUCUUGUUGGAUGGAUCUGAUGGUACUAGAACUGGAUUCCCAGCUAUGCGAGACUUUGUCCAAAGAGUAGUAGAGACACUCAGCGUGGAUAACAACAAAGACCGUGUCUCAGUGGUUCAGUACAGCAGAGAUCCAACUGUCCAGUUCUAUCUGAACACAUACGCGACAAAAGGCGAGAUCCUUGACACUAUCAGAGGUUUGAGGCACAAAGGCGGAAGACCCCUCAACACUGGAGCAGCUCUCCAGUACUUGAGGGAUAAUGUCUUCACGGCCUCUGCCGGCAGCAGGCGCGUGGAAGGCGUUCCACAGGUCCUAAUAUUGCUAAGUGGUGGAAGGUCUUCUGACAGUGUUGACGCACCAGCCUCUGCUCUCAAACAGCUGGGUGUCUUGACCUUUGCAAUUGGAACCAGGAGCUCUGACAGCAGCGAACUGCAGAAGAUAUCCCACGAUCCCAGUUAUGCUCUAUCUGUGUCUGAAUUCACUGACCUUCCCAGUGUCCAACAGCAACUUCAGUCCUCCGUGGAGGCUGUGGUUAUUGACGUCACCCCAGAAUCACCAACUGUAUUUGUUGACACUGCCAAAAAGGAUAUCGUAUUCCUUCUGGAUGGUUCUGAUGGCACAAGGAAUGGCUUCCCUGCCAUGCGUGAUUUUGUUGAGAGAGUGGUGGAGAAACUCAAUGUGGGAGAAAACAAAGACCGUGUCUCUGUGGUCCAGUACAGCAGAGAUGUAGAGGUCCACUUUGAUCUGAAAACAUACAAAACACCAGAUGAUAUUUUGGAUUCGGUCAGAGGGCUGAGACACAGAGGAGGCAGACCCCUCAACACCGGGGCAGCCCUCCAAUACGUCAGGGACAACGUCUUUACAAACUCCUCCGGGAGUAGGCGCCUGCAAGGUGUUCCACAGAUGUUGAUCCUGCUAAAUGGUGGAAGGUCUUUUGACAAUGUAGAUACCCCAGCCUCUACUCUCAAACAGCAGGGCGUCUUUGUGAUUGGCAUUGGAACAAGGAACUCUGAUAGUAGAGAGCUGCAGAAGAUAUCAUAUGACCCUAGUUACGCUCUAUCAGUGUCUGAGUUCACUGACCUCCCCAGUGUCCAAGAACAGCUCUCCUCUGUAAUGAGCAAGGUGCUAGUGAGGGCCACGCCCAUGACACCAACAGUAACUGUGGAGAGACAGCUACCAGGAAGGGAUGUUGUGUUCUUGUUGGAUGGAUCUGAUGGUACUAGAACUGGAUUCCCAGCUAUGCGAGACUUUGUCCAAAGAGUAGUAGAGACACUCAGCGUGGAUAACAACAAAGACCGUGUCUCAGUGGUUCAGUACAGCAGAGAUCCAACUGUCCAGUUCUAUCUGAACACAUACGCGACAAAAAGGAGCUCUGACAGCAGCGAACUGCAGAAGAUAUCCCACCAUCCCAGUUAUGCUCUAUCUGUGUCUGAAUUCACUGACCUUCCCAGUGUCCAACAGCAACUUCAGUCCUCCGUGGAGGCUGUGGUUAUUGACGUCACCCCAGAAUCACCAACUGUAUUUGUUGACACUGCCAAAAAGGAUAUCGUAUUCCUUCUGGAUGGUUCUGAUGGCACAAGGAAUGGCUUCCCUGCCAUGCGUGAUUUUGUUGAGAGAGUGGUGGAGAAACUCAAUGUGGGAGAAAACAAAGACCGUGUCUCUGUGGUCCAGUACAGCAGAGAUGUAGAGGUCCACUUUGAUCUGAAAACAUACAAAACACCAGAUGAUAUUUUGGAUUCGGUCAGAGGGCUGAGACACAGAGGAGGCAGACCCCUCAACACCGGGGCAGCCCUCCAAUACGUCAGGGACAACGUCUUUACAAACUCCUCCGGGAGUAGGCGCCUGCAAGGUGUUCCACAGAUGUUGAUCCUGCUAAAUGGUGGAAGGUCUUUUGACAAUGUAGAUACCCCAGCCUCUACUCUCAAACAGCAGGGCGUCUUUGUGAUUGGCAUUGGAACAAGGAACUCUGAUAGUAGAGAGCUGCAGAAGAUAUCAUAUGACCCUAGUUACGCUCUAUCAGUGUCUGAGUUCACUGACCUCCCCAGUGUCCAAGAACAGCUCUCCACUGUAAUGAGCAAGGUGCUAGUGAGGGCCACGCCCAUGACACCAACAGUAACUGUGGAGAGACAGCUACCAGGAAGGGAUGUUGUGUUCUUGUUGGAUGGAUCUGAUGGUACUAGAACUGUAUUCCCAGCUAUGCGAGACUUUGUCCAAAGAGUAGUAGAGACAAUCAGCGUGGAUGACAACAAAGACCGUGUCUCAGUGGUUCAGUACAGCAGAGAUCCAACUGUCCAGUUCUAUCUGAACACAUACGCGACAAAAGGCGAGAUUCUUGACACUAUCAGAGGUUUGAGGCACAAAGGCGGAAGACCCCUCAACACUGGAGCAGCUCUCCAGUACUUGAGGGAUAAUGUCUUCACGGCCUCUGCCGAAGCAGCAGGCGCGUGGGAAGGCGUUCCACAGGUCCUAAUAUUGCUAAGUGGUGGAAGGUCUUCUGACAGUGUUGACGCACCAGCCUCUGCUCUCAAACAGCUGGGUGUCUUGACCUUUGCAAUUGGAACCAGGAGCUCUGACAGCAGCGAACUGCAGAAGAUAUCCCACGAUCCCAGUUAUGCUCUAUCUGUGUCUGAAUUCACUGACCUUCCCAGUGUCCAACAGCAACUUCAGUCCUCCGUGGAGGCUGUGGUUAUUGACGUCACCCCAGAAUCACCAACUGUAUUUGUUGACACUGCCAAAAAGGAUAUCGUAUUCCUUCUGGAUGGUUCUGAUGGCACAAGGAAUGGCUUCCCUGCCAUGCGUGAUUUUGUUGAGAGAGUGGUGGAGAAACUCAAUGUGGGAGAAAACAAAGACCGUGUCUCUGUGGUCCAGUACAGCAGAGAUGUAGAGGUCCACUUUGAUCUGAAAACAUACAAAACACCAGAUGAUAUUUUGGAUUCGAGGUUUGAGGCACAAAGGCGAAGACCCCUCAACACUGGAGCAGCUCUCCAGUACUUGAGGGAUAAUGUCUUCACGGCCUCUGCCGGAAGCAGGCGCGUGGAAGGCGUUCCACAGGUCCUAAUAUUGCUAAGUGGUGGAAGGUCUUCUGACAGUGUUGACGCACCAGCCUCUGCUCUCAAACAGCUGGGUGUCUUGACCUUUGCAAUUGGAACCAGGAGCUCUGACAGCAGCGAACUGCAGAAGAUAUCCCACGAUCCCAGUUAUGCUCUAUCUGUGUCUGAAUUCACUGACCUUCCCAGUGUCCAACAGCAACUUCAGUCCUCCGUGGAGGCUGUGGUUAUUGACGUCACCCCAGAAUCACCAACUGUAUUUGUUGACACUGCCAAAAAGGAUAUCGUAUUCCUUCUGGAUGGUUCUGAUGGCACAAGGAAUGGCUUCCCUGCCAUGCGUGAUUUUGUUGAGAGAGUGGUGGAGAAACUCAAUGUGGGAGAAAACAAAGACCGUGUCUCUGUGGUCCAGUACAGCAGAGAUGUAGAGGUCCACUUUGAUCUGAAAACAUACAAAACACCAGAUGAUAUUUUGGAUUCGGUCAGAGAGCUGAGACACAGAGGAGGCAGACCCCUCAACACCGGGGCAGCCCUCCAAUACGUCAGGGACAACGUCUUUACAAACUCCUCCGGGAGUAGGCGCCUGCAAGGUGUUCCACAGAUGUUGAUCCUGCUAAAUGGUGGAAGGUCUUUUGACAAUGUAGAUACCCCAGCCUCUACUCUCAAACAGCAGGGCGUCUUUGUGAUUGGCAUUGGAACAAGGAACUCUGAUAGUAGAGAGCUGCAGAAGAUAUCAUAUGACCCUAGUUACGCUCUAUCAUUGUCUGAGUUCACUGACCUCCCCAGUGUCCAAGAACAGCUCUCCACUGUAAUGAGCAAGGUGCUAGUGAGGGCCACGCCCAUGACACCAACAGUAACUGUGGAGAGACAGCUACCAGGAAGGGAUGUUGUGUUCUUGUUGGAUGGAUCUGAUGGUACUAGAACUGGAUUCCCAGCUAUGCGAGACUUUGUCCAAAGAGUAGUAGAGACACUCAGCGUGGAUAACAACAAAGACCGUGUCUCAGUGGUUCAGUACAGCAGAGAUCCAACUGUCCAGUUCUAUCUGAACACAUACGCGACAAGCGAGAUCCUUGACACUAUCAGAGGUUUGAGGCACAAAGGCGGAACCCUCAACACUGGAGCAGCUCUCCAGUACUUGAGGGAUAAUGUCUUCACGGCCUCUGCCGGAAGCAGGCGCGUGGAAGGCGUUCCACAGGUCCUAAUAUUGCUAAGUGGUGGAAGGUCUUCUGACAGUGUUGACGCACCAGCCUCUGCUCUCAAACAGCUGGGUGUCUUGACCUUUGCAAUUGGAACCAGGAGCUCUGACAGCAGCGAACUGCAGAAGAUAUCCCACGAUCCCAGUUAUGCUCUAUCUGUGUCUGAAUUCACUGACCUUCCCAGUGUCCAACAGCAACUUCAGUCCUCCGUGGAGGCUGUGGUUAUUGACGUCACCCCAGAAUCACCAACUGUAUUUGUUGACACUGCCAAAAAGGAUAUCGUAUUCCUUCUGGAUGGUUCUGAUGGCACAAGGAAUGGCUUCCCUGCCAUGCGUGAUUUUGUUGAGAGAGUGGUGGAGAAACUCAAUGUGGGAGAAAACAAAGACCGAGUCUCUGUGGUCCAGUACAGCAGAGAUGUAGAGGUCCACUUUGAUCUGAAAACAUACAAAACACCAGAUGAUAUUUUGGAUUCGGUCAGAGGGCUGAGACACAGAGGAGGCAGACCCCUCAACACCGGGGCAGCCCUCCAAUACGUCAGGGACAACAUCUUUACAAACUCCUCCGGGAGUAGGCGCCUGCAAGGUGUUCCACAGAUGUUGAUCCUGCUAAAUGGUGGAAGGUCUUUUGACAAUGUAGAUACCCCAGCCUCUACUCUCAAACAGCAGGGCAUCUUUGUGAUUGGCAUUGGAACAAGGAACUCUGAUAGUAGAGAGCUGCAGAAGAUAUCAUAUGACCCUAGUUACGCUCUAUCAGUGUCUGAGUUCACUGACCUCCCCAGUGUCCAAGAACAGCUCUCCACUGUAAUGAGCAAGGUGCUAGUGAGGGCCACGCCCAUGACACCAACAGUAACUGUGGAGAGACAGCUACCAGGAAGGGAUGUUGUGUUCUUGUUGGAUGGAUCUGAUGGUACUAGAACUGGAUUCCCAGCUAUGCGAGACUUUGUCCAAAGAGUAGUAGAGACACUCAGCGUGGAUAACAACAAAGACCGUGUCUCAGUGGUUCAGUACAGCAGAGAUCCAACUGUCCAGUUCUAUCUGAACACAUACGCGACAAAAGGCGAGAUUCUUGACACUAUCAGAGGUUUGAGGCACAAAGGCGGAAGACCCCUCAACACUGGAGCAGCUCUCCAGUACUUGAGGGAUAAUGUCUUCACGGCCUCUGCCGGAAGCAGGCGCGUGGAAGGCGUUCCACAGGUCCUAAUAUUGCUAAGUGGUGGAAGGUCUUCUGACAGUGUUGACGCACCAGCCUCUGCUCUCAAACAGCUGGGUGUCUUGACCUUUGCAAUUGGAACCAGGAGCUCUGACAGCAGCGAACUGCAGAAGAUAUCCCACCAUCCCAGUUAUGCUCUAUCUGUGUCUGAAUUCACUGACCUUCCCAGUGUCCAACAGCAACUUCAGUCCUCCGUGGAGGCUGUGGUUAUUGACGUCACCCCAGAAUCACCAACUGUAUUUGUUGACACUGCCAAAAAGGAUAUCGUAUUCCUUCUGGAUGGUUCUGAUGGCACAAGGAAUGGCUUCCCUGCCAUGCGUGAUUUUGUUGAGAGAGUGGUGGAGAAACUCAAUGUGGGAGAAAACAAAGACCGUGUCUCUGUGGUCCAGUACAGCAGAGAUGUAGAGGUCCACUUUGAUCUGAAAACAUACAAAACACCAGAUGAUAUUUUGGAUUCGGUCAGAGGGCUGAGACACAGAGGAGGCAGACCCCUGAACACCGCAGCCCUCCAAUACGUCAGGGACAACGUCUUUACAAACUCCUCCGGGAGUAGGCGCCUGCAAGGUGUUCCACAGAUGUUGAUCCUGCUAAAUGGUGGAAGGUCUUUUGACAAUGUAGAUACCCCAGCCUCUACUCUCAAACAGCAGGGCGUCUUUGUGAUUGGCAUUGGAACAAGGAACUCUGAUAGUAGAGAGCUGCAGAAGAUAUCAUAUGACCCUAGUUACGCUCUAUCAGUGUCUGAGUUCACUGACCUCCCCAGUGUCCAAGAACAGCUCUCCUCUGUAAUGAGCAAGGUGCUAGUGAGGGCCAUGCCCAUGACACCAACAGUAACUGUGGAGAGACAGCUACCAGGAAGGGAUGUUGUGUUCUUGUUGGAUGGAUCUGAUGGUACUAGAACUGGAUUCCCAGCUAUGCGAGACUUUGUCCAAAGAGUAGUAGAGACACUCAGCGUGGAUAACAACAAAGACCGUGUCUCAGUGGUUCAGUACAGCAGAGAUCCAACUGCCCAGUUCUAUCUGAACACAUACGCGACAAAAGGCGAGAUCCUUGACACUAUCAGAGGUUUGAGGCACAAAGGCGGAAGACCCCUCAAUACUGGUUUAGCUCUCCAGUACUUGAGGGAUAAUGUCUUCACGGCCUCUGCCGGAAGCAGGCGCGUGGAAGGCGUUCCACAGGUCCUAAUAUUGCUAAGUGGUGGAAGGUCUUCUGACAGUGUUGAUGCACCAGCCUCUGCUCUCAAACAGCUGGGUGUCUUGACCUUUGCAGUUGGAAUCAGGAGGUCUGAUAGCAGUGAUCUCGAGUUCUUAUCCCACGAUCCCAGUUAUGCUCUGUCUGUGUCUGAAUUCACUGACCUUCCCAGUGUCCAACAGCAACUUCAGUCCUCUGUGGAGGCUGUGGUUAUUGACGUCACCCCAGAAUCACCAACUGUAUUUGUUGACACUGCCAAAAAGGAUAUCGUAUUCCUUCUGGAUGGUUCUGAUGGCACAAGGAAUGGCUUCCCUGCCAUGCGUGAUUUUGUUGAGAGAGUGGUGGAGAAACUCAAUGUGGGAGAAAACAAAGACCGAGUCUCUGUGGUCCAGUACAGCAGAGAUGUAGAGGUCCACUUUGAUCUGAAAACAUACAAAACACGAGAUGAUAUUUUGGAUUCGGUCAGAGGGCUGAGACACAGAGGAGGCAGGCCCCUCAACACCGGUGCAGCCCUCCAAUACAUUAGGGACAACAUCUUUAUACAAUCUGCUGGGAGUAGGCGCCUGCAAGGUGUUCCACAGAUGUUGAUCCUGCUAAAUGGUGGAAGGUCCUUUGACAAUGUAGAUACCCCAGCCUCUACUCUCAAACAGCAGUCCGUUUUUGUGAUUGGCAUUGGAACAAGGAACUCUGAUCGUAGAGAGCUGCAGAAAAUAUCAUAUGAUCCUACUUAUGCUUUAUCAGUGUCAGAGUUCACUGACCUCCCCAGUGUCCAAGAACAGCUCUCCUCUGUAAUGAGCACAGUGCCAGUGAGGGCCAUGCCCCUGACACCAACAGUAACUGUGGAGAGACAGCUACCAGGAAGGGAUGUUGUGUUCUUGUUGGAUGGAUCUGAUGGUACUAGAACUGGAUUCCCAGCUAUGCGAGACUUUGUCCAAAGAGUAGUAGAGACACUCAGCGUGGAUAACAACAAAGACCGUGUCUCAGUGGUUCAGUACAGCAGAGAUCCAACUGUCCAGUUCUAUCUGAACACAUACGCGACAAAAGGCGAGAUCCUUGACACUAUCAGAGGUUUGAGGCACAAAGGCGGAAGACCCCUCAACACUGGAGCAGCUCUCCAGUACUUGAGGGAUAAUGUCUUCACGGCCUCUGCCGGAAGCAGGCGCGUGGAAGGCGUUCCACAGGUCCUAAUAUUGCUAAGUGGUGGAAGGUCUUUUGACAGUGUUGAUGCACCAGCCUCUGCUCUUAAACAGCUGGGUGUCUUGACCUUUGCAAUUGGAGCCAGGAGCCCUGAUAGCAGGGAACUGCAGAAGAUAUCCCACGAUCCCAGUUAUGCUCUAUCUGUAUCUGAAUUCACUGACCUUCCCAGUAUCCAGCAGCAACUUCAGUCCUCUGUGGAGGCUGUGGUUAUUGAUGUCACCUCAAAAUCACCAACUGUAUUUGCUGAGUCACAGGGCCCCCGAAAGGAUGUUGUUUUCCUUGUCGAUGGAUCUGAUGGUGUUGGGCGGGAAUUUCCUAUCAUCCAAGAGUUUAUCCGCAGGGUCGUGGAGAGUCUCAAUGUGGGCGAGAAUAAGAUCCGGAUUGGCGUGGUCCAGUAUGGUGACUUUGCUCAGGCUGACAUGUUUCUGAACACACAUACAACUAAAGAAGGUGUUUUGAAUGCCGUCAGGGGAAUGAGGCAACGAGGAGGAAGACAACGUAACCUGGGUCAGGCCUUGCAGUUUGUCAGUCAGGAUGUUCUGACAGCAGCACGUGGUAGCAGGAAGCAAGAGGGUGUACCACAGUUUGUAAUUGUCGUCUCCAGUGGGUCUUCGACAGAUGACAUUAGUCGUGCAGCGUCUUCUCUAAAACAAUCUAGAGUUCUUCCCUUCAGCAUUGGGACCAGGGAUGUUAACCCCACAGAGCUCCUUGAGGUGUCAUAUGUGCCUAACUUUGCCUUCACUGUAGAUGAUCUCCCUGGCCUGUACACAGUCCAAGAAAACUUAAUCACCACUCUCACUGAGUUGUCAGAUGAUGCCAUCACCGGGAUGCGUCCAGUAUUCCCAACCUCUCAUGUAAUCACACCAUCAUCUACUGGAGGAGAAAAGAGAGAUGUCGUAUUUCUAAUUGAUGGCACAUCAGCGGUGCGUAGUGAGUUCCCUUCGAUCCGUGAAAUGAUAAGAAGAGUUGUGGAGAAGCUGGAUGUAGGAUUGGAUAAGGUCCGAGUUUCAGUGGUACAAUACAGUGAUGACCCGAAGUUAGAAUUUCUUCUGAAUGAAUUCUCCACCAAAGAUGAGGUACGCCAGGCUGUGACGAAACUUCGAAGCAAAGGCGGGAACCGUCUAAACACAGGUCGUGCUCUUGAGUGGGUCUCCAGAAACAUCUACCAGAGGUCAGCGGGUAGCCGCAUUGAAGAUGGUGUGCCUCAGUUCCUCAUUCUAGUUACAGGUGGCAAGUCUACAGAUGAUGUAUCCACUGCAGCGGACCAACUUAAGAGAAACCAAGUUGCACCUCUUGCCAUUGGUUCAAGGAAUGCAGACCCUGAUGAACUGAGACAGAUUUCCCUGAAGCCUGAACUUGUAUAUACAGUUGACAGUUUCCAGCAGCUUCCAGUAGUGGAGUCGCAGCUCAUUGAUUCUGUCAAAACAAUAUCCACCACUGAUAUCAUCAGUAGUUAUGUGCCUCCCUCAGUGGACUUAGGCAACCUUAAUCUUGGGAGAAAGGACAUUAUCUUCCUUAUUGAUGGCUCAGACAAUACAGGUGCUGCUGGCAUUGCUCAUAUCCGUGACUUCAUCCUCAACAUUGUCCAACAACUCAAUGUGCAGCCUGAUCAAGUGCGUGUGGCUGUUGUUCAGUAUGCAGACAGAGUUAAAACAGAGUUCUCACUCAACUCUCACAAAAACAAGCCAGGUGUUAUCUCUGCUAUCAAAAGACUUCGUCAGAUGGGUGGCCGGUCAUCAGAUCUGGCUGAUGCCAUUGAGCAUGUUAUACAGAAAGAGUUAAAACCCUCUGCCGGUGUUCGUCUAGCUGAGGCCUCCCAGCAUCUUGUGGUUCUCACAGGUGGACGUUCCCCCCAAGAUGUUUCUAUCUAUGGACCUCUGCUUAAGGGCUCCAGAGUCAACUGCAUUGGUGUUGGAGCUGGUGGUGCUGACACAAGGCAACUAACACAAAUUGCCACCACCGCAGAUGAUGUUCUUCAGGUCCCUACAUUCCCUGGUCUGCCAGCAAUCCAGGAAAGAUUUAUUGCCAGAUUGAGUGGGACCAUCCCUGAGGAAACACCCACAGAAUAUGAGGGUCCUACAGCAGACCCACCAAAAAAGGCGGAUAUAGUGUUUUUGGUGGACGGCUCCAUUAACUUGGGCAGGGGCAACUUCAAUGAAGUGAUGUCGUUUAUCAUCAACCUAAUUGAUCUGUUCUUCAAUGAGAGAGACAACCUGCGGAUUGGCCUGGCACAUUAUGCUGCAGAUGUGACUGAUGUCUUCUACCUCAACACAUACAAGAGCAGGCAAGACAUUGUAAGUGCCAUUGGCCGUGCAGAGUACAAAGGUGGACAAAAAAUCAACACUGGUGCAGCCAUUCGACAUAUUCAAGAUGUUCACUUUACCAAAGAAAAAGGCAGUAGGAUGGAUGAGGGCACUCCUCAGAUCCUAAUGGUUAUCACUGGAGGACGCUCAGCUGAUGACAGCAAAACAGCAGCCCUUGGUCUGAAGAAAAAAGGUGUGAGAGUCUUUGCUGUAGGAGUGGGCGACACUGAGAAUGAGUUAGAAAACCUAGCAAGUGAGUCUUCCACUGUGGCUCGAGCAAGCACCUUUCAGGAACUUUCAGAGCUCAAUGAGCAAAUCCUGGAGACUUUGGAUGAUGAAGUGAAGGGGAAGCUGUGUGUUGGUGUAGAAGAAACUCCUAAAACCUGCAACAUAGAGGUGUUGGUGGGCUUUGAUGUUUCUGCCCAGAACAUCUUCAGUGCUCAGAUCAACCUCCAGAGCAAGAUGGGUGCCAUUCUACAAAGAAUUUCCAAAAUGGCAGCUAUCAGUUGCUCCUCUGGGCAGCUUCCCUCUGUACAUGUGGGCAUGCUGGCCAUGGACUCUGCCUCUGAGCCUGUCCAGCUGGACUUCACAGACAAUGCUGAUGAGCUCUUUGAGGCAUUCAGAGCCCUACGGAGUCGUGGCCCCUUUGUCCUCAAUGGCAAAACCAUCUCAGCUUACACCAAUAGGUUCAAACCCAGACAGGACAAUGUUGUCAAGGUUGUCAUUCAUUUGACUGAUGGUGUUGAUGCCCCAUAUGCUGAAAUGAAAAGGCGAGUUGAGGAGCUUCGGCUGUCAGGAGUGAACAGUUUCAUCCUGGUCGGGCUGGAGCGAGUGCCCAAAUUUGAGGAGGCUUUGUUGCUGGAAUUUGGUCGGGGCUUCAGGUACACCAGACCCUUACGAGUAAAUAUCAUGGACUUGGACUAUGAGCUAAUGGAAGAACUGGACAAUAUUGCAGAGAGGGAGUGCUGUGCAGUGCCAUGCAAAUGCUCUGGCACCAGAGGAGACAGAGGAGCAGUUGGACUUUCAGGGUUGAAGGGUAGUCCAGGAUCACCAGGAAGCCAAGGACAUCCUGGAGAUGAGGGUGGACCUGGAGAGAGAGGUCCUCCUGGUGUGAAUGGAACUCAGGGUUUCCAGGGAUGUCCUGGACAGAGAGGUGUCAAGGGUUCUCGUGGGUACUCAGGAGAAAAGGGUGAAUUUGGAGAAAUUGGGCUUGAUGGUAUCAAUGGAGAAGAGGGCAAAAGUGGAGUGGCUGGACCCCCAGGAGACAGAGGAAAUCCUGGCAGAAGAGGUCCCAAAGGUACCAAAGGACAAGCAGGAGAUAGAGGAGAAAUGGGAAUCAGAGGAGACCCUGGUACAAGUGGACAAGACAACAACCGCGCAGGACCUAAAGGAGACCCUGGUGAUGCUGGACCAGUGGGGGAUCCUGGUGAAGAUGGAAAGAAGGGAGGCCCUGGUGAACUCGGAAGAAGGGGAGCUGAUGGCAGAAGAGGCUCACCUGGACAGGCUGGUAAUCCUGGAAAGCCAGGAGCUGAUGGCGUUCAGGGAGAGCCUGGUAUUGGAGGAUCUAGAGGUCCACCUGGACCGAAUGGUGCACCAGGACCCAGAGGAGAAGAUGGGAACCCUGGACCCAGGGGUCCUGGAGGUAGCCCAGGUCCCACUGGAGAUAAGGGUAGAAGAGGAGCUCUUGGUCGCAAGGGAGAGCCAGGAGAGCCAGGACCUAAGGGUGUUGUUGGACCUCUUGGUCCCCGUGGAGAGCCUGGUGAAGAUGGUAGAGAUGGGUUUGGCGUUGCAGGACCUAAAGGAAGAAAGGGUGAUGAGGGCUUCCCCGGAUUCCCUGGACCCAAGGGAGCAGCUGGUGACCCCGGCACCAAGGGUGGACCUGGACCCAGAGGAAAUCGUGGACAGAGGGGUGUCUCUGGGAAUAUUGGUACACCCGGACAGAAGGGAGAGGUUGGAUAUCCUGGGCCAUAUGGUCAGAAAGGACCGAGAGGACCAGGUGUUGUGCAAUGUGACCUGGUCAAGAAAAUCAGGGAAAACUGUCCUUGCUGUUAUGGUCAGCAGGAAUGCCCGCUCUACCCCACUGAGCUGGCCUUUGCCCUCGAUGUCUCUGAUGGCAGUAGCCGCUCAGCCUUCAACAACAUGCGUGACGCAGUCUUGCGCCUAGUCAAAGACAUCACCAUCUCUGAGAGUAACUGUCCAAGAGGAGCUCGUGUUGCUUUAACCCUGUACAACAGUGAAGUGACCACUGUGGUCCGGUUUGCUGAUGCAAUGAAGAAACGCGCCCUGGUGCAGCAAAUUGAGGGACUGCAGACCCUGCAGACCCAGAAGAAGCGUAGCUUGGAGACGGCCAUGAGCUUUGUAGCCCAGAACACCUUCAAGAGAGUACGCAGUGGUUUCCUUAUGAGGAAGGUCGCCAUCUUCUUUGUCGGUGGGCCAAUCAGCCAGGCACAAACAGUUACUAAUGCAGCUCUUCGCCUCCAUGAUGCUGGAAUUGCUACCCUGUUCUUGGUCAACCGUGAAGACAGAGCACUCAGCAGAGCACUGCAGGUCAAUAACACAGCACUGGCCCAGGUAAUAGUCCUUCCCAGCCCUACAAGUGCACAGUACAAUUCAGUCAUCCAAAAGGUUAUGAACUGCCAUGUCUGCCUAGACAUCUGCUCUCCGGACCAAAUGUGUGACUAUGUGCCCCCAUCGGCUGGCCGAGAUAGGAGGUCUUUCACCACAGACGUGGACAUCGACAUGGCUUUUGUCAUGGACAGUUCUGAGUCCACCUACCCAACAGUGUUUACAGAGAUUAAACGCUACAUAGCAUACAUAGUGGAGCAACUACAAGUGUCUUCAAAUCCCACAUCAUCCACACACCAUGCCAGAGUGUCUGUAAUUCAGCAAGCACCUUAUGAGUUCCUCCACAACAAAACUGGCUCUCCCAUCCAUGUGGAUAUCGGUUUGACCGAGCACCACUCAGCUCAGGAUAUAGUCAAAUUUCUGCUGGAGAAGACACCGCAGUUAGAGGGUGGCCGGGCACUGGCAGCGGCUAUCGAAUCAACAGUGGUGCAGGUGUUUGAGAAGGCGCCUCUCCAACGUGACAGGAAAGUACUGAUGAUCUUUGUGACAGGAAAUGUGGAAGAAGAAGAGGAGCAGCUGGUGCGUAUUGCCACUGAGGUCAAGUGCAGAGGCUACUUCCUGGUCAUCCUGGGUGUGGGUGAGAAGUUGAGUGCUGGAGAUGCUCGUGUCUUGUCACGCAUGUCCAGUGAGCCCUCAGAUGUCUUCUUCAAGCGGCUGGACAGCAUCUCACACUUUUAUGACAAACACAUCCAGAACUUUGGCCAGCUGUUGCCAAAGUAUAUCAGCAUUGAAAAUGCUUUCUACAUGUCCCCUGAAGUCUCCAAAAACUGCAAGUGGUUCCAGAGUGACCAGCCAUUAAAAAACCCCUUUACAUCAUCACAGCAACAGGAGAAACAUCAGAAACAUCAUGAAAAUCACCAAGCAGUUCAUCAAAGAAAGCACACUGAUGCAGAUGAGCUACACGUCUCCAACGUCACCUCCAGCAGCUUGAAAUUGCAUUGGACCAGCCCAGACCCCAAGCUCUUUGUCUACUUUGAGGUAGUGGUGACACGGUUGCACGACCAUGCUCUGGUGCUGAAGACCAACGUGUCGGGCACAGAGCUUUCCGUGGACAACUUAGAGAGUUCUCAAACAUAUCAUGCUGUGGUCACUGCCCACACUGCAGAGGGUCAGAUUGUUUCCACCCGCAAAGGCAUCAUUACUACCAAAGCAGCAGAGCCUAAGCCAGCCAGCCAAGGCACCGAUAAUGUUAAUACCACACCACUGGACAAACCAGAAACUGUUAAUGAAUUUUCAGACCCAUGCUCAUUUGAGUAUGACCCUGGAAUGCCGUGUAAAGACUAUCAGGCUAAGUGGUUCUUUGACAGAAAGAACGGGAUCUGUACACAGUUCUGGUAUGGAGGUUGUGGAGGCAAUGAAAAUAGGUUCGACACUGAGGCCCUCUGCUUGAAAAACUGCAUGAGGUCAGUGCCAGAACCUCAACCAAAAGUGCAGCAGGUUGAACAGGUGGAGAUCCUCCCGGCUCCUGCAGCCUCUACAGCCGUGGACAUUUGCCAGCUUCCCAAAGAGGAAGGUACUUGUGCCAAAUUUGUCCUCAAGUGGCACUAUGAUGCCCCCAGCAAGAGCUGCACACGCUUCUGGUAUGGAGGCUGCGGUGGAAACCAGAAUCGCUUUGACACGCAUGACCAGUGUGUGAAGGCUUGUGGAAAACCAGCACCCGUCAACCAAGGAGUCAUCACGGCAAUAAGAACAUAGGACAAAAGUGACACACAUGGCCAACUUUCACCUCUGUUUAGGGGAUUCUGAGGAGAACCAUCCAAAAUGGCCAUACUGUAAAGAUGCAAUACCAAAGCAAUGGUGGCUGCACUGGAUUCCACAAAAAUGGACUUAAUCCCCAAAAUUCUUGAAGUAGUCUUUUUCACACCAAGAUGGAAGGCAACACGAUUUGCUGCAUGAUUUGUUUUAACCUACAGGUGCUACAUAGUAUGUUUGUUUUACAGAUGGAGUUGUUAGGUGCGUUCAGUUUUGUAAAGUCGGGUUUUCUGGAACAAUGACAUCAUAUGAGUUUUCAUAUUUUUUAAAAUGCAGUUUUAAUUGCAAUUAAGCAAGAAACAUAUAUGAAUAUCUUGGACAGAGAUUAGCAAUAAAUUAGUACAUGCAGGACUGGCAUUAUUCACUGCAGUUAUCUUUUUUUUACAUUGUGUUUUUUUACAUUCCACAUUCACAUAGCAACAUUGGCUUUUUUUGAUCUAUAUUGUUUUUAAACACACUUGAUCCACAUGGAAUCAUUCAUUCACUAUUUUACAGUCACAGAAUCCACAGUAAUGUUUACACAAAUCGUGUAUGGUGUGUGUAUUUAAAUGACAGUAACCAACUGCUCAAAUGCUAAAACAUUAAUGUAAUGUUAAGUGCACUUCUGGAUCCACUGCCUCAAAGUUCCAGCGAUUGAGAAAUGAAAUGUACUUGUCAAGCUGUUUUUAUUUUAGUUUUAUUUGGUUUUACUGAAAUUUGUGUUUCAUCUGGGUAUAGGGGAAAUAAAAAUGAAUUAGACUUUCUAAUAAACAUGAGCAACUGA